AUUCUUUACUGGCUAUUCUUAACGAAACAGGCUACCACAGUACAUCUACUGCGAUUACUGCACACGCGACAUCCCAGGCUACAACUCGGCCUCUAGUCAACUCUCUCUAUUUUGCAAGAUGGCCAUUCCAACAGGUUCUGCUGUCUACAAAAAGACGGAAGGCAUUCUCACUCUCACUUCCGACUACAAAAAUGUUAUAUGGACUCCAAAUACUGCUCCCGGUGGACCACCAUUAUUGUCACUAACCGUGACAACUAUCACCAAUCUUCAGCAAACACCGGAUAGCGCCCGUAAGGUUAUGCUUAAGAUUUUUGAUAAACCUCCAGGGGCUACUGAGCCAGCAGCCUACUUAUUCCACUUCAACUCGCCUGCUGAUCCAAGAGCAGAAGCUGUCGCCAUUAGGGAUCUCAUAUCAAAAUUAAUUGCUAACGCCAAAAACAAUGAUCCUAAUGUUCCAAGACCAGCGGGCGCGCAAGGUGGAGCUGCCGGCUCGGGAUCCAUGACCUUUGCUAAUACUGCUCUAUCAAAACCUUCAUUGGCACGUUUAUUUGAUGACGAUGCCCUUAAGAGCGAUAUUGCAUUGCAGCAAUCCCUCAUGAAAGCGGAUCGCAACCUCUUUCAGAUGUACAUGGAGGGUCGCAAGGUGAAACCCGAAUCAAUGUCGGAUGCUACCUUCAACACGCAAUUCUGGUCCGCAAGAAUCAACAUGCUCCGUGCCCAUGCUAUCGAGAAUAACCAGAAAAAGGGCCCUUACAAUGUGUUGGCCCAGGUGAAGCCUACUAUGCAGCAGAGCACUGAUCCAAACAAGCCUAGUGAGCUAAAGAUGAAGUUCAGUGUUGAGCAAAUUCAGAUGAUCCUAAAUCAACACCCCCUUGUAAAGCGCAUUUACAACGAGAACGUGCCACCUCUAGCACAAAAUGAGUUCUGGGAGAGAUUCUUCCUUAGCAAGUUAUCCAAAAAGCUAAGAGGAGAGCGUGUCAAUGACCUUGAAACGCCAGACAAGAUCUUUGAUAAAUAUGACGAAUAUGACGACAUCAAAGCUUUCAACAGUCAACUUCUAGCACAACAGGUACCACACUUCAUCAAUAUUGAGGGCAAUGAGGAGAAUCAGGGUGGUUUUAGAAGUGGAAACCGCAAGGACGUUGAAAUGCGCCAACGGGGGAGGAAAGACGUACCUAUCAUUCAGACCUUGAACAGUAUCAGCGAGAAAUUACUGGCCAAUGCUUUACAGUCCGGUAAUGAAUCUGGUAGUGCGGCAGAUUUGGAUGAUGUGUAUCGAGAACUUGCCCUCCGUGACCUUCAGGGGGAUGUAGAAGAAAAUCGGAUCAUUCUUAACAUUAAGGAGCAGAGCAGGUUUUUCUCGAACGAGACCGACACUGUUUCAAAAACAACGGCGGUCUAUGCGAAGCAAAAACCAUCCAAGGUUAUCAGUGAUGUACAGAGCGAUUUAAAUCGUCUCAACCAGAAUACUGCUGGAGGUGUGGACCUUCACAACUCCUUAGGUGUCGAUGACGAUAGUGAUAGCGAAGAUGAGGGAGAGAGGCCGCCCCAUGUAGGAUCAAGAGCGUCACGGAAGGAAGCACAGAAGCAGAUCCUUGAUGGAAUCAUCCAAAAGCGAGCUCAGUUAUAUGGUCACGGCUCGGACGAAUCGUCACCAAUGGGUCUGUCUGCCGAAACUACGGAGGCUUGCAACUUGACCCACGCUACUACCGUGGAAUUUCUCCAUCAGUUUUGGUCAACAUUUCUUUCAGGUGAUCCCGAUCGUGCUAUCGAAUUGGGCUACCUAGCUGAGGCUCUGAAGCGGUCUAAAGACAGGAUAGAUGUCGUGGCAGCAGACGCCGAAAAGGCUAGGGAUGAGCAGAUAAAGAAGCGGAGGAGGGAAAUCCUAGAGAUAUAUGAGCGAACUAGGCGAAAGGUCAUGUUUGACCCCAAGUCGAUUCGCGGAGGUAGGGAUGCAGUUCUCAAACUCAUGGACCCUACUCUCCGAUCUCUAGACAAGGCCAUUGCCGACUACCAAAGGGCCUUGUCUGCUCAAGGGAUCCAAACCAGCACAGAAUGAUAGAUUACCUAAGGUCAGGUAGAUAUUUGGUAGCAUAAGCAUUGGGAGUUUGGGAACGGCUGGAGGGUAUUGAGAUUGCAUAACCUCAUGUUCUCGUGAUGAACUGAACUCAAUUUCACUGGACUGGGAUACCAAGAGUUAUACACGAUAAUGAACAAUAGUGUUUAUAUGUUCAUGAAGGCUUGGCAAGAAUAGGGAUUUGUGUUCAUGUUUAUGUGAAGGAUCAUGUGAAGGAACAAAUGGAAGUUGAUAUUAUCCAUGGAGUAUGCCUUCUUACCCCUGAAAAAGAUGGAGCUACGAAACUCACAGCAGUUGCAACAACCACCCAUGA